AUGUCGACUCCACCACUUCAUUCGACUCCACCACCUCAUUCGGAGAGCUCCCAAGAUCAGGGCACUUUGACGUCCAUAACGGCUUCCAACUCCCUUCUGGAUCUCCUCGCUGGUGCUCCUGGUCGUGUCACUUCUCCCACUGCCUCAUCUGCCGCCGCCUCGAAUCCACUUGCAUCUUCGAACUCCAAGGACUCCGUUUCUCCUACUUCGCCCUCAUCCGCACCUGAAAAGGAUCCGCAAAGCCUCCCAACCUCGUCCACAACCAUGGCUGGCCCUUCGCAGCAGCAACGUUUGCAGGAUGUCAAUUCCCUCAUGCAGCAGUUCAUGACUCCCACAUCGUCCUUCCCCCCUCCUUCUAGCGGUUCCCAAAGCGCCGACGACAAGGUCUCCAACCAAGCCUCGUUCGGCGACGAGUCGAGGCUGUCGCGACCCGUGCUCCUCAACAAAGCCCUCCAGCUGCCUCCUUCGCCUCCCAGUUCUGUCAGCAGCCUCGCCGGCGCCAAGAAUCGUCAGACCUCGUCAGGCUCCCGCUCGCCCAUCAUCCACACGCCCGCAUCUUUUGAUGAAGAAUUGCCCAAGUCCCAUAUUGCUUCUCUGCCUGCAUUGAAUGCAUCCGCUCAAGCGGCUUCACCUCCAGCACCCACACCUUCGAACAAGACACCUUUCGACUUUGUUAGUCCGUUCGAUAUGCUUGCUCAGCGCGAUGACGAGCUCACACCGCAGCCAGCCCAUGCUCAAGCGCAGCCGGCACUCCCAGAAUCGUCGACCCAAUAUCCUGUUCAGCAGAAAAAUGCCUACGAGGCUGCCAACGCAGGUAUUGCGAGCUUGCUGCGAAAGCUUUCGGCAUCAGCAGUGGCAAACAAGUCUUCACAGCAGUCGAGUCCACCCGUCAAGGCCGCAGCUCCGACCGACAACGUUGUGCGAACAGCAUCAGGGAACGACAAGCCCGCUCAGCCAUCUGCAGAGCCUUCAACCAGGUCAGCCGGCUCCAGUUCAACACCUACACAAUUCCGGAAGCCCCCACCCUACCCUGCCGCGCUCAAGUCUCCAGACAAGCAGCACCAUGCUUCUCGUCACGUUGCGGUCCUCAGCCAGAACGAUGCUUUCGACGACCCCACAUCUUCGGGUCUCUCGGUCCUCUCCCCCUCUCGCUCGUCCAGCGCACCCAGCAUCGCCACACUCGACCUCAGCGCUGAGCAACCAGGUGGCCUCUCGAGUUUGCGACACACUAAGGUCGAAACAUCGGGCGUGGCCCUCAUCCCUUCUCCCUUCCACUUCACCUGCAGCGUAUCUGCCGCAGGUCUUCUACCAGCUUCUCGCAUCGCCAACUUACGUCACAAUGUUGCCUGCUACGCCAUGUCCAAGGGCAAGGCGAGGCUCAUUCACAUCGGCACUGGAGCCAGGCUGCUCGUACAGGCGCCGAGCAAAGGUGCGAUCCGCUCGAUCGCAGCGUUCCAGUCCACGGAGAACGACGACACCUUCCUCCUCGCUGCACUUGUGGAAUCAACGAAGAACGGCUCAGAUGAAGGCGUUGUCAUUUGGAAGGUACCUUCCUCGUUCGUGCUGGAAGGCAAGGAAAGUCCAGAUCCUACUUUACUUCGUCGCAUUACUGCCGACCCCGUCAACGGAUCUUUUGCUCAUCGCUUCACUGCCAUCGUCUGGCAUCCUACCGAGCCAAAGCUCGCCAUCUCUACCAGCGACAGUAGCAUCAUUCUUGUCGAUGUCUCACAGCAGCUUUCAUCCUCCUCGCAGGCACAUUCGCUCUCCGAGGCGGAUGUGCAAUCGCAGAGCGAGCUUGUACCUCACGACGAGUCCUUGGCUGCUUUUGCUUUCACUCCCGACGGUUCCAUGUUGACUACCGUCUCGACGCCCAUGGAGGGUGACCUCUCAUGGACUUUGACUUUCAAGUCACUCGGUGGCACUAGAGCCAAAUUGACUUUCCCUAUCGAGUCGCCACUGCAAGAACCAAUGACUGUCAGCCAUCUCUCCUUUGCCACCGGCUCAAGCAACGGCAGCAAGGACAAAGUUGGAGACGAUGACUCAACGGUCAUCCGAGCUGUCGUCGUUGGCUUCAAGUGCAACACCGUCCUUGGUCUUUACGAUCUUGGCUCACGCUCGUUCAAGCAUGUAUGGAAGUUUGAAGUGCCUCCUCACCCGUCUGCUGCUGGUGAAGAACAUUUCAAUCUCGUUCAGUUUGACACGCAAAGCAGCGCGCUGUUGGUUUGCAACAGCUUCCGCUCAUCCAUCUUUGCCGUGCCAGUCGAGUUCCAGCCGCUUCCAUCGGCAGACGACGACUCGCUUUCAGCUCGACUCGAGAAAGGCCUGCUACCCUGGAGCAUUCAGCUGUCGUAUCCAAUCCACGAGUACGCCUUGCAGGAUCCAUGCACGUCUUUGACGAUCAGCACAAAUCCCAAGGAGUCCGCCGAGCCUUCAAGGCUCUUUGUCGCCUUCCCAGAGGGUGUCAGUGUAGUUCAGCUCCGCAAUACCGAGCUGGUCCCAGGAGCGGGAGAAGAAGCAACUGUCACAGAGCCUGACAAGCAAGCGUCGAAGCCUGUCCCAGAUCAGGUGCAAGCAGUCUCAGCAACAGCAUCCGAGCCGACACCCGAACAAUCAUCCCGGACCGAAUCGCUGGCGACUCCAAGCAAAUCUAGCAAGAGAAAAGGCAAGAAGCAAAAAGCUGCCGCCGCCAAGGCGCAGGCCGAGGAGGCAGCUUCUAGCAAGGCAAACGAGCCAGAAGCGCCCUUGAAGAGCUCUGAGGCUGCCGUCGAAACUGGCGUUGUGGCUGUACCUGAAAGCCAGCAAAGUCGGCCCGAGGCCCCAGCAACCACGCGCAAGGAAACUACAGCCGCAGCCGCAGCCUCAAAAUCGAGCACGUCUCCGACCAUCUCUGCUGUUCCCGCGCAGUCGACUGUCCCCGAAGCCACUCUCUCGUCCGGCGCUGUCAACGCAGCUCUUUCGGACAUCGUUAGUUCCGCCGUUCACCACGCCAUCUCGGCCAACCUCGCUUCGGGCUUCCAGCAAUCGAUCGAGAACACCAUUCCGCAGCAACUUGAGCGGCUCAUCACUUCCACGGAGCUCAAGGCCGAGCUCACUCGCAGCAUUGCGCAUACCAUCCUGCCUGCAGUGCAGCGCACCGCCAUGGAAGUCGUCAGCCGUGUGCUUGCGCCUCAUUUUGAAGACGUCAUGAUGACGGUCUCUGAACGAGUCGAGCGCGCCAUUGUCUCGGAAAUCACCAACGUCAGGAAAACGUUGGUCGCAGAGCAAACCGAUUCGUUCAACGAGACGGAGAAGGUGGUCAAGGCAAUCCAGAGUCAAGUCCGAGACGUACUCGAGCAAGUCAAGGAACUCAACUCUCGUCCAGCUAACAAGGUUGUCGAGCUUCAAAGCCAGGGCGCCUUCAAGUCGAACGGUACGCCUCUCGCCACUGCAGAUGAGUUGUCCGAGGUCGAGGCCACACCGGCAGUCACUGCUCGUGAUUCGUCCGCAUCAAAACCUACCCAGGUUGAGACUAAUAGCAAGACCGGCCGCGCUACUCGCAAGGAAGCCUGUCUCGCUCCCGCUCAACUCCCGACCAAGUGCCGCCUGCCUGAACGCGUUGCUGUCAUUGGCGCUGGCCCCGUCGGAUGCCUUGCUGCUCUUGCUUUUGCUCAGCGUGGUUGCAAGGUUGACAUCUUCGAAUCGCGACCCGAUCCACGCACGCAUGAGGCGGUCGCCCGUGCCUCGCAGCGCAGCAUCAACCUUGCCCUCUCCACUCGCGGUAUCACCGGCCUGCGCAGUGUCAGCCUCGUCGGUCUUGGCAAAUUCGCUCACACUGGCGAGGACCUCGCCGAUUUGGUCCUGCAGGACUCGGUACCAAUGAGGGCUAGGAUGAUCCAUGUGGUCACCAAGCGCGCGACGUGCGACAAAGAGGCCGAGGUCAAGGAACUGAGUCAGCUAUACAGUAACAAAGGCGAAAGCAUCAAUUCGGUGGAUCGAGGCAGACUCAACAAUAUUUUGCUCGACCACGCCCUCAUGCACCCCAAUGUUGACGUGCACUUCGAGCACAAGCUGCAGACCGUCGACUUUGAUCAUGAUACUCGAUCAGCUGCGAAGGGAGGCGCCAUAACGGCUACCAAAGGCGUUGCUGCAAAGAAGCUGGCAAGGGGCACAAUUGCAAAUGGCGGAGAGUCUUCCGGCGACGAACUGACCCGUCGCAGCGGCAAGAAGCAGGCGGCCAGCAAACGUAACGGCGGUCCACAGCAAAGCUCUGCUGGCGCAUAUGCCUUCGAUCGUGUCCGGCUCGACUUUGACGUGCACAGCAACAACCAGCGCAUCCCCAAGACAUCCAGCACGCAGUAUGCCUCGUUUGUCGUCGGCUGCGAUGGUGCGCACUCUUCAAUUCGCUCCGCCAUGGGUAGCCUCAUCCGCAUGCACUACACGCACAACUACAUCGACACUGGCUACGUCGAGCUCUCGAUCCCGGCUCGCACUUCGCUAUCCUCGGGCUCGCGCAUACGCGGCUCCGGGGGAGUCGAUGGCAAGCCUGGCGGACAUGACGCCUUCCACCUCGACCCCAACCAUCUCCAUAUCUGGCCACGACACUCGUUUAUGCUCAUCGCGCUGCCCAACUUGGACGGCAGCUUCACCUGCACGCUUUUCGCACCGUUCAAAAUGUUUGCUUCGGAGCUCUCGACGCGAGAAGGCAUCUUGGCCCUUUUCCGAGAGCAUUUCCCAGACGCACUGCCUUUGAUCGGAGAGGACAAGCUGAUCGAGUGUCUCACCACUCGCCGAGCCAGCGCGUUGGGUAGCGUCCAGUGCGACCCGUACCACUACAAGGACCGAGCUGUUCUGAUCGGCGAUGCGGCCCAUGCAAUGCUGCCUUUUUACGGCCAAGGUCUCAACUGUGGAUUCGAAGAUGUUCGCGUCAUGUUUGACAUCAUCGACGGCAACGAGACGCUGGAAGAUGCCCUCGACACGUACACCAAGCAACGUCAUCCGGACUUGGUAGCCAUCCUGCAGUUGGCAGAACAGAACUACCGCGAGAUGGCCCAUUCGGUCGUGUCCUGGCCUUACCUGAUGCGUAAGAAGCUGGACGGUCUGCUCAUGUCCGUUCUGCCUUCUAGCAUGUGGAGCAGUCUCUACGCCAUGACGACGUUCAGCAACUUACCUUACUCGACCGUGGUCAAGACGGAGAAACGCCAACAGAGCAUCAUCAGCAAUGCUGUGCUGACCACCGUUGUUGGUAUCAUGGCGAGUGCUGUGGUGGGUGUGUACAGGACCCGAAGUGUUUGGCAGCCUGUGACCCAGAGGUGGAUUGAUGCGGUUCAACGCAAAGCUUAG